AUGUGGCUUGCCCAAGGUGUCCUUGUCCUCUUCUUGAUGAUCUUACCGCUCGUCUGUUCCGAGUCUUUCCAAGAGACGUGUCUGAAUAACUUCACAAAGGGCGUUCCUAACUUCGUGCUGGACUUGGAUGAAUCGGUGAAGAACGGGGCCAUUUUUUUGUCGGCCCCCGCUUUGUCCGGCAGCAGGGACUGCAUCACUUCGUGCUGUAAGACUCUGGGCUGUAACCUGGUUCUAGUUCAACCGACUCGAGAAGGAGAGGAUGCGAUCAGCUCCUGCUUCUUACUCAACUGCCUGUAUAAGGGUGAAUUCGUGUGCAAGUUCUUCAGGAAUAAGGGAUUGGUCAACUAUGUCACACUCGGGGUAUAUAAAGCUCACUUAGAACGGAAGGAAGACCAGCUAGGCGAUGAUGAACCUCCAAUAGCAAGGGUGAGCCGGGAUGUAAAAACGCAGCCGUUUCAAACUGUAACAUUGAGCGGCAUUGAGAGCUGGGACAAUGAGGGGAUCGUAGAUUACGAAUGGAGCCUCAUCCAGGGAGACCCUUCUGUUGUUUUGCAGAAACUUCCCCAUAACUCUUCAUUGGAGGUGUCCAAUCUAGAAAUGGGCCAUUAUGUUAUCCAGCUGAUUGUAACAGACACUGCAAGUCAGCAGAGUACAGCGACGACAACAAUUACCGUCCUGUCCAAAGAAGAGACUGAGGACUACUGCCUCGCUCCAGUAAAGACUGGAAGCUGCCGUGCUAAAUUUUCUCGCUGGCAUUAUAAUGUGGAUAUGAACGACUGUGAGGAGUUCACGUUUGGAGGAUGCAAACCGAACAAGAAUAACUAUGUGCGAAAGGAGGACUGUCUGCAGACUUGCAGAACGGACCCAGGACAUUCUGCAAAGGGUGGAAGAAGAUCGCACCCAGUAUGCGAUGGGCAAUGUCACCCAACACAGUUCCGUUGUGAUGAUGGCUGCUGCAUUGACGCUGCUUUGGAGUGUGAUGAGACACCAGACUGCGGUGACGGAUCCGACGAGGCUUCCUGUGAUAAAUAUUAUAAAGGUUUCAAGAAGCUGCAAGCAUUAGAUGUUUCCAACAAUAAAGCUCGUUGUGUGGAUUUGCCAGACACAGGUCCUUGCCGUGCCAGCUUUAACAGAUGGUAUUAUGAUCCAGAUCUGACAGCAUGCAUGUCUUUCACCUAUGGUGGCUGCGGUGGCAAUGGGAAUAACUUUAAUUCAGAAAAGGACUGUUUGCUGUUUUGUUCAGGGAUUAAUGGGAAAGACAUUUUUGGUGUAGCACGUGAAGAUGCUGAGGCUCGAGAUGGAAGUUCAGGCUCUGCUCAAGUGGCCAUCGCAGUGUUUCUGGGAAUCUGCAUUCUGGUUGUUCUGGCAGUUAUCGGCUACUGUUACCUGAAGAGGAGAAAAGGAAGCCGCAGACGGCAGCCAGCUGUCAACAACUCUGCUUUAUCUGCUACUGAAGAUACAGAGCACCUGUACAAUCCCACCACCAAACCUGUUUAAACAGUCUGCGAAAAUCUAUUCAGGAAUGGAUUUGCCAAAAGACUUUACAAAUCCAUUCUGCAGAUAAGACAGAUGGACCAAUAGGAAGGGGUUGCUUCCCUAACCAUAAUGAAUGCUUAUACAAUUUAUGGGUUUUGUAUUUUUCUCAAAAUCUGGUGGCUACAGUAAUACUCAAUGACCCCCCCCCUCCUUUUUUUUUUUUUUUUUUAAAUCUAAAUGUUGUAGAUAGAUUUUUUUUGUUGUAACACAUGUUGCCUAGUUGUGUAUCUUUAAAUAAAUACUAAGGUGGAGAUGAGGCAAGUAACGUCACCUCUGUAUUUUACCAGAACAACACUUUUAGUUAAUGUCUCCGUGAUUGCAAGGAAGACACUCAAUAAGCAGUACCGUUCUAGAAUGGUAGAAUAGUCUGGUCAGGUAUGUAAGAGUUAAAUAUUUAUAAGAAUUAAGGAAGUUUCAGUCACAUAUACAGCUCUAUCUGUAUCAAGCCUUCUAUAUGAGUAGAUGUGAAAGUUACACUUGGGUAGAUUAUGCCUAUAGAUGAAUUGUUAAACAGAAAGCAUAUAGUGUAAUGUUUGUGUGCUUUGGAAACAUUUGCCAAAUUUACACUUCACCUCUGAGACUGUCCUGAAUAAACUUCUUUAGAAAUGUAAACAAAA